AUGUUUUACUAUCGCCCCAUUAAUGCUUCCAUCACAAAUCCGAACGAGAUUCUAAAAGACAUUCAUUAUUUAAUGAAAUUAUUUAAUGUACUAGCAGAAAAAUGCCAAGAUCAACCGUUGUACGUCGACCCAUUGUGUAUGAUAAUUCAACUUUGUUCAAAACCAUUUCUUUUGGAUAAAUCAACAGACAGCAAUAUUUAUGAGACUCCGUUAGCAGCAUUUUAUUCAGAUUUUGGAUAUCUAUUGAGAAUUCCAAUUAAACGUGUUCAGCAGUGUAUCUUUGAUACAUUAUAUCAAUCAAUUCGAACAAAUAAAGCAAAAGGAGAAGAGCAGCAAUCUUCUACAAAAUCAUACGACAAAAUGAGACCAACAACACCGGACUACAUUCUCAAGAUUCAAAGAACAAGUGACCUUUGUGAAACUCUUGUUAAAACAAUAGCUUUAGUGGAGAACGAUUUAAGUUUACGAAUACAAAUAUUAAAAUUAUUACAAAUAUUAUCGAAUAAAACAGCUGAUUGUGUAACUAGAAUGUUAUAUAAUGACUGUGUAAAUCGUCUUAUAUCAGGAAUGAAUGAUUCAGAUCCAUCUGGAGAAUUAUUAUUUCGCACAAUCGAAUUAUUGUGGAACAUGUUAGAAUAUGGUGACGUAGAAGUGAUUAGCGAUCAAUUAGAUUCGAGAGUAACCAUAAAAAAUGAUAUAUUAGUUGUUUGUUCUCUAAUUAUAAGUAUGAAACCCGAUGCUCCAUUCGUCGAAACUUCGUUUGCCAAACAACUUUUACUAUUUACAUCUUAUCCAGAAUUAAGAAGUAAUAAUCCAUUAGUGAAAAAUUUUAAACUAACAUCAUCUCAAGAAGAUUUUGAAUUCAAAAAACUAUUGUUUAAUGCAGUUGUUAUUCUAAGUAGAAAUUCCGCAGUGAAUGAGUUGAUGAUUGAAAGUCGUGUAUUAUUAGCAUUUUUAUCUUAUGUUGAACCUCUUCCUCGUACAAUACAAAAUAGUAUCAAAUGGACAUCAUCUCAACUUGAAGAACUUCAACUACAUGCCUUAGCAGCACUAUGUACACUAUUACCACGUUCAAUAGAAGAAUAUUUUGAAUAUCAUGUUGGAACACGUUUAUUACUGUUCUAUGAAUGGUGUAUUAAUGACAAAGAUGAUUAUCAAAGUCAAGGAAACAGUUUUUUUGGUAAAGGUGGAAGAAAUAGUAAACGUUCACAAUUACGUUAUGUAUUAAGAUUAUUUCGAAGUCUUGUUACUACACGUGAAGAUCGUGUACAUCAAGAUUUAAGUGAUCAAGGAAUUAUAGUAUCACUCACCGGCUACUUACAGAAAAUUUUUCAACAAGAAGUAACAAAUAUCGACUAUGUUAGUUUAGAUGCUAUUUGUGAUACAUUAUUCAUAUUAAGUUCAUUAUGUGAAUUGGAUAUUCACAGAAAAGAAAUAUUUGGUUAUGAAGGUAUUGACAUGCUUAUACGAAUAGAAUUAAUUGAUUCAUUAUUGAUAUGUGGUGGUCUUGGUUAUCAUAGAUUAUUGGUAGGUGCAAUUGAUUGUGUCUGGUGUUGUAUUGUUGGCAGUGUGAUUAACGAAGAUGAAUUUAUUCAAAAACAAGGCAUAUUUGCAUUACUUGAUUUAAUUGAGAAAACUCCAAAAUCAUUACAAAACCUAAUUUUAGGUUGUAUACUGGAUUUAACCGAAAACGUGAAAUGUCUUCAUUUCAUAAUGACAUGGGAAGGACAAAACCAACAACAAUUUCCUCAUUUAUUAUGUGAAUUAUGGAGAGAUGAAGAGAGAGAAAUAUGCGUUUCAAGAACAAACAAGGGCGUAAUUAGCGACCAUCAAAAACCAUUAAUGGGUGUAUUGCAACAAUCUCAAGAAAUAGUACCGAUACCAACAUGGGAACCAUCGAGAUCUGUUAUUGAUCUCAUUGAUAAUAUGAGAACAAAAAUAUAUGGAUUUUUCUGUAAACUAGGCUUUAAUGAAUUACCUGGAUUAGCCGAAGAAGAUUUUGUUACAUUGUGUAUUAUUGAAAAUUUUCUGGAUUUUAAAAUGGGUGAAGUAUGGCAAGAAAUUAUUACAGAACUGAAAAUUGAAGGUGUCCAAUUAAUAUCGUCUGAUCGCGAAGCAACCGAUACUAUAUUGCGUGCAACAGAUGAACGUGGCCUAGCUGUUGCAGCCACACAAAACUAUAUCAUAGGGCAAUAUCAUAAACAAGACUUGCUACAAGAAAAAGCAUUUUAUGAAGAGUUAACAAAAAAUAAUGCGUAUAAAGAAAAGCGAUUGGAAGAUUGGAAAUCGUUUGUGGCACGAACGUCAAAAUAUCCGUUGCUAAUGGCCGCAAAAGAUUAUCAAAAUCAAGCCAUACGUCAAUCAAGGCCAGAAGAGAAAGAAAUGAACACAUACCAUACCGUUCAUAAUUUAGAAAUACCAAAUUUAGCUGUUACAGUACGUAUAACGAUUAAAAUCAGAGAUUGCAUUAUCAAAUCAUUUCAAUUGGUUAUACUUCGGCUGAAAUUUGAUAUUACAGCCAUGUCAAACGGCUAUUCUGCAUUGUCAAAACCCUUGAAGCCACGUUCUGAGGUAGACGUACACAGUUUAUUUCCGACAUUGGAGCAAAAACCUCGUUCAAAAUAUAAUGUACCAGAUUGGUUUUCACACAAUUAUGCGAUAUCGUAUGAUGCUGAGCGAAGCAGAAAUGUCAGCCAUCAAGUUCGUCAAGAUGGUCGUCGACUUGCUAAUGAAACGUACAAUGAAAGUUGGUGGGGAAAACAUGACAAUGAUAUUCGUAUAAGUGAUCGUUUAGAUGAAAUUGAUAAAUGGAGAAAAAUAUUAGAGUAUACUAUUCAAGAUGUUGAUCGAGAAAUUCAAGCGAUAUCAUCGGCGAAAGAACAAUGUGAACGUUAUUUAGAACAUAUGAAAAGUCCAUUGGAUAUAACACUAGAAAAUCAUGUCACACGCGAUGGACGAAAACAUAUUGAUAAUGUCGAUGAUGAAUGUGAAAGAGAAUUAAAAAAGGAAGUGUAUGUUAUUGAUGGUAUUAAACGACAACUUCAUCAACAAGUACAAACAGCAUUUGAUCAAAUAGCUCGUUUGACCGAGGCUAAACAACAAUUAAUACGCGAUCUACAAGAUAAACAUACAGCAUUUGCUAUUUGUGAAGAAAAUUUACAAUUAAAUGAAUUUUCACCAAACAUCAGUUAUAAACCCGAUCCAUGUCGACCGAUCAAAGGGCAAAUAACACCUGAGGAAUGGCUUAGUUUCUCGAAAUACAACAAAGAUCGUGCGGAAAAAGAAAUGUAUGAAUCUGUACGGUUACGUGAAAGUAUAUUUCACACAAUGGGACAAUCAGCUGCUGAUUUAGAAUCUCAAGGAAAAGCAAGUGAAUAUGCGUUAAGAAAACGUCUACAUGAAGUUGAACGAUCAUUGGGUGAGCUCGAAUGGCAGAAGAAACAAACAGAAGAAGAAAUUGUCAGCGCCGAAAAUGAUAUUGAUCGACUUGAGAAAGCCAUACGAGACAAAGAGCCAUUAAUCAAACUGGCCAUGUCACGACAAGAAAAUCGUCAUUCUCGACCUGGUAUGGAUUUAGUACGUGAUGAAGUUUCAUACGGUUUAUGUGAUGAGAUUCAGCAAUUAAAAGCUGAAAAACGUGCUUUGGAAGAUCAACUUAAACAGUCAAAGCAUGCUUGGAAUAUUCUUCAACAACAACUGCAUCGAAUUGAUGAUGAAAUUGCUGUUAAAAGUAAUUCAGUGAUGUUAGAACGUCGUGCAUUAGAAACACGUCGUCGUUUAAAUACCGACAUCGCGCCAAUGACCGAAACAGAUCGAAAUAAAUCGUUGUAUAACAUGGACAAUAGUGGUCUGCGACAAAUUUUACAAUCAACAUAUUAA